ACCUUUGGGGCUGAUGCAGGGCCAGGCCAGCAAAAGGCGGAGUGGGUGGAGCUGAGUCUAGGGGAAGGGAUAAAUGCCAGGUCCUAACUCAUAGCAACCCAGCUGUCGUUCGUUCGUCCUCAGUGCAGGUCAACAGGACUUCAAGCUCAAGAUGGUGACAGCAGCCAGGUUGCUACAGUGCUGCCCAGUGUUUGCCUGGGGUCCCACUGGCCUUCUGAGUAAGGUGGUUAAGACUCACCAGUUCCUGUUUGGUAUUGGAUGCUGUCCAAUCCUUACUACUCAAAAAUCAAUCUGUUCUCAAAUCCACCUUAAUGCAGUUAAGGCUGGAGGAGAUUCUCCAUCUUGGGCCAAGGGCCACUGUCCCUUCAUGCUGUCAGAACUUCAGAAUGGGAAGAGCAAGAUUGUGCAGAAGGCGGCCCCAGAAGUCCAGGAAGACGUUAAGGCUUUCAAGACAGACCUGCCCACCUUCCUGGCAUCAACUAGCCUAAGCAAAACAUUCCCAAGUUCCCACGAACCAGAACAGAAUUCUGGGAAUGUCACCCACCUGAUUCAGGACAACAUGACUGGAACCCAUGCCUUUGGUUAUGACCAGUUUUUCAGGGACAAGAUCAUGGAAAAGAAACAGGACCACACCUAUCGUGUCUUCAAGACUGUGAACCGCUGGGCUGACGCAUACCCCUUUGCUCAACACUUCUCUGAAGAAUUUAUGCCUUCAAAGGAUGUGUCUGUCUGGUGCAGUAAUGACUACCUGGGCAUGAGCCGGCACCCUCAGGUCUUGGAGGCUACACAGGAGACACUGCAGCGUCAUGGAGCUGGAGCUGGUGGCACUCGCAAUAUCUCAGGCACCAGUAAGUUUCAUGUGGAAUUGGAGCAAGAGUUGGCUGAGCUGCACCAGAAAGAUUCAGCCCUGCUUUUCUCCUCCUGUUUUGUGGCAAAUGACUCUACUCUUUUCACUUUGGCCAAGACCCUGCCAGGGUGUGAGAUUUACUCAGAUGCAGGCAAUCAUGCUUCCAUGAUCCAAGGUAUCCGCAACAGUGGAGCAGCUAAGUUUGUCUUCAGGCACAAUGACCCUGAUCACCUGAAGAAGCUUCUAGAGAAGUCCAACCCGAAGACACCCAAAAUUGUGGCCUUUGAGACUGUUCACUCUAUGGAUGGUGCCAUCUCUCCCCUAGAGGAGCUGUGUGAUGUAGCCCACCAAUAUGGGGCCCUGACAUUCGUGGAUGAGGUCCAUGCUGUAGGACUGUAUGGGUCCAGGGGUGCUGGGAUUGGGGAGCGUGAUGGAAUUAUGCACAAGAUUGACAUCAUCUCUGGAACUCUUGGUAAGGCCUUUGGCUGUGUGGGCGGCUACAUUGCCAGUACCCACGAUUUGGUGGACAUGGUACGCUCCUAUGCCUCAGGAUUCAUCUUCACAACUUCACUGCCCCCCAUGGUGCUCUCUGGGGCUCUGGAAUCAGUGCGGCUGCUCAAGGGAGAGGAGGGUCAAGCUCUGAGGAGGGCCCACCAGCGCAAUGUCAAGCACAUGCGCCAGCUACUAAUGGACAGGGGUCUUCCCGUCAUUCCCUGUCCCAGCCACAUCAUCCCCAUCCGGGUGGGUGAUGCAGCAAUGAACAGCAAGAUCUGUGACCUCCUGCUCUCCAAGCAUGGCAUCUACGUGCAGGCCAUCAACUACCCAACUGUUCCCCGGGGUGAGGAACUGCUGCGCCUGGCACCCUCCCCCCACCACAGCCCUCAGAUGAUGGAAGAUUUUGUAGAGAAGCUGUUGGUAGCCUGGACUGAAGUGGGGCUGCCCCUCCAGGAUGUAUCUGUGGCUGCCUGCAACUUCUGUCACCGUCCUGUGCACUUCGAGCUCAUGAGUGAGUGGGAACGUUCUUACUUUGGGAAUAUGGGACCCCAAUACGUCACCACCUAUGCUUAAGAAGCAGCUGCCUUGGAUCCCUACCCAACAUACAUGUCACUUGGAGCUGGGUUUCCUUCUAUCUUCUGCUUUGUUGUGUACUUCUAGCUAACUUGAGUCUGAAAAUAAAGAGCAAACUACAGCA